AUCUUGAAACUGGAGCAUUUAAAGAUCUUCCAGCACUCUACCAGCUAAAUAUCCGAAACAAUUUACUGACAGAGAUCAAAAAUGGAACCUUUAAUGGUCUGACAUCGCUUCAACGACUGUAUAUGGAAAAUAAUUCGCUGACAGAGAUUCAGAAUGGAACCUUCAAUAGUAUGACAUCGCUUCAACAACUACACCUAUCUGACAAUAAAAUCACGAAGCUUGAAGUUGGGGCAUUUAUCAAUCUUCCAGCACUUCACUACCUAUACUUAUCUAACAAUGAAAUAUCAGAUCUUCAAACUGGAGCAUUUAAAGAUCUUCCAGCACUUAACCAGCUACACCUAUCAAACAACAAAAUCUCAGAGAUUGACACUGGAGCAUUUAUCAAUCUGGCAGCACUUAACUACCUAACUUUGGAACACAAUUUAUUGACAAAUAUGAACAAUGGAACGUUCGAAGGAAUGACAGGAAACCUCCGUACUUUGUGA